CACCCAGUGUGCGCGGUUGGGCUCUCCCCGCAGCUCUGCAGCACUUCAGUGAGAGCAUCCAGGAGUACCUGGCGAACCUGGACAAGGCCCCGGACCCCACGGUCAGGAAGGACACGUUCUCCAACGAGAUCUUCAGUGCCUACGAGGUGCUCUUCAGCAGCUGGCUGCAGCACCGCGAGGCCAAGCUGAGGCUGGCCGUGGUGGAGGCGCUGGGACCCAUGAGUCACCUCCUGCCCGCCGAGAGGCUGGAGGAGCAGCUCCCCAAGCUCAUCCCAGGCAUCCUCGCGCUCUACAGGAAGCACACGGAGGCUUUCUCCAUCUCCAAGAGCCUGUGCCAGAUCCUGGAGGCCUCCGUCAACAUCGGCAGCCGCAGCCUGGAUGUGCAGCUCGACCCCCUCCUGGGCACCCUGCACCCCCAGAUCUGUGCUCCUGCAGAGCCCGCAGUGCCCCUCACGGCGAAGAACCACACCGAGGUCCUGCGGUGCUUCACUGUGCUGGCCUGCUCCUUCCCGGACCGUGUCCUGGCCUUCCUCCUCCCGAAGCUGGAGAGCAGCAACGAGAGGACCCGAGUGGGGACCCUGCUCAUCAUGAGGCAGAUCAUCAACAGCGCCCCCUCCCAGAUGGAGAUCAAAAAGCCCUUUAUUCUUUCGUCCAUGAAGCUCCCCCUGCAAGACAGCAGCAACAAGGUGAAGCGAGCCGUGGUGCAGGUGAUCAGUGCCAUGGCCCAUCACGGAUACCUGGAGCAGCCCGGCGGGGAGGCCAUGGUGGAGUUCCUGGUCGGCAGUGCGCCUGGCCUCCGAUGGGCUUUCCCUCUCCUCCAGCACCCCAAGAAGCAGGCGCCGGAUGCCGAGGACCUCAGCAGUGACAGCGUCCAGAGCAUCAGCAUCAACACCCUCUUCCUCCUCAGCACCACUGUGGACAGGAGUGAACAACGUGAGUCUGCUCAGGCCCUGACACCUGUGCUGUGGCCGUACCUGCUGGAGUUUGUCACCCCCAUCCAGUUCACCACCGCCCUGAGCCCGCUCUGCAGGAGCCUCAUGUACCUGGCCAUGAAGAAGGAAGAGGAGGGCGAAACCGCGUCCCUGAUCCGCUACGACGUGAACGCAAACCUCCCCUCGCCCUACGCUCUCACAACGCGGCUGCUGGUUGUGUCCUCGCAGCCCCACGCAGGCUCCUGCCGGGGGGCGGCCGCCCUGCGCCUGCUCCAUGUCCUGCACGGCAGCGUCCACCCCUCGCUGGGCCCGCUCUGGAGCAAGAGGGUCCCUGUCCUGGUGCAGCACAUCGAAGAGAGCACGGAGCAGGCCCUGUCCCGCAAGGAAUGGGAGGAGGAGCUGCUGCUGUUCCUGCAGGAGACGCUGGCGGCCGUGGCUGACGGGGCCUGGGUUGCCCGCUUGGUGCUGGAGAUGUGCGGGCAGCUCGGCAGCUACAGCGGCUUCCCCGCGGAGAAGAACUUCCUGUACAAAUGCAUCGGAACGACGCUGGGGGCCUGCAGCAGCAAGGACCUCGUGCAAAAGCAGCUCCAGGAGCUCCUGGAAACAGCCAGAUACCACGAGGAGGCAGAAAGGGAGGGACUUGCCUCCUGCUUUGGGCUGUGUGCCAUAAACCACCUGGAGGAGACCUUGGCCAAGCUGGAGGAGUUCGUCAGGUCCGAUGUCUUCAAGAAGUCCGUGGGGCUUUUCAGUAUCUUCAAGGACCGCAGCGACAGCGAAGUGGAGAAGAUCAAGAGCACCCUCAUCCUGUGCUAUGGCUACGUGGCCGCCUGCGCGCCCCAGGACCUGGUGCUGCCCCGCAUCGAAGCGGACGUCCUGAAGAACAUCUUCCAGUACUUCAACACCAAGGACCUGACGCUGAAGCUCUGCCUCAUCCGGAGCAUCUGCAUGAUCAGCCAGGCCAUCUGCAAAGGGGGCAAGUGUGGGGACUUCAGCUUCUCCCGCAAGGCCGAGCUCGUGGCCCAGAUGGUGGACUUCAUGAAGGCAGAGCCCCAGGACACGCUGCGGACGCCGGUUCGCCAGCGGGCCAUGGUCGCCUGCACUUACCUGGUCAUCCUGGAGCCCCACCUGAGUGACCCUGACCGGACAGAGCUCAUUGACACGUGCCUGGCUGGAGUGCUGGCGCUUCCACCGCUGGAGCUGGCCAAGGACAGGGAGGAGAAUGGAGCCGAUGCCAUUCCCAAGGAGGCGCUCUACGGUGACACCAUGAGUGCCCUCCAAGAGCUGCUCAAGGGCCUCCUGCAGAGGAACCUCACCCCCCAUGGGCUCCAGGACAUGUUUGCGCAUUUAGGCCCCUGGAUCAAGUCGAGCAAGGACCACGAGCGGCAGCGGGCAGUGGAGAUCAGCGCCGCCUUGUUGGACUUCUACCUGAGCACCCUCAACGUCAGCACCGUGACCCCCUUCUACAACCUCAGCGUCCUCAUCGCCCUCUUCUCUCCGCGCUGCUCGGACGCGGUGCCCAGCGUCCGCCUGCACGCCGUGGACUGCGUCUACUGCCUGCUCUACAUCCAGCUCUGCUACGAGGGUUUCGCCCGGGACCACAGGGAUGAGAUGGUGGAGGGGCUGAAGGCUCUGAAGCGAGGCCUGGAGGAGCCCGACUUCACCGUCCUCUUCCACACCUGCAACAGCCUGGCCAUGGUGGUGGGGAAGCGCAUCCCUCCCGAGCAGCUCCUGAGCCUCCUGCUCGCCCUCUUCGAGGGGCUGGGGGAUCCCGACAGGAACUGCUCCCGUGCAGCCACCGUCAUCAUCAACUCCCUGCUCAAGGAGCGCGGGGCAGUCCUGCAGGAGAAGGUCCCCGACAUCAUGAGCAUCAUCCACAGCAAGCUGGAGGAGGUGGAUGAGGAGCACGUCCGCAAGGCUGCCCAGCAGACCGUCUACAUCCUGGCCUCCCAGCACAAGAGCGUGGUGGUGUCCAGCCUGCUGGGCAGCGCGCUGCCCUUCGACAGCCACACGUGCACCAUGUGGAGGUCCCUGGCCACCGAGCCCGGCCUCACCUCGCAGAUCCUGGAGCAGCUCCUGGACAAGGUGAACAGGGAUGUGCCCUACAAGGAGAGCAAGAGCUUCCUGCUGGGCAGCGGCUCGGAGCGCAUCGCCACCCCUCUGCCGCUGGCUGCCACGUGUGCUCUCUAUGAGCUGCUGUGUGCUCCGGAGGCCGGCCCGGCCGUGCAGGGGCUCUAUGCCCCCCUCUUCGUCACCCUCCUGCUGCGCCUCAGCUGCGCCCUGGGGGUGCAGCUGCCCAAGAGCCUGCAGGGCCGCGAGCGCAGGAGCUGCAGCAGCCAGGGCCCCGCGCCCCGCAGCCUCCAGCCAUGCAGCAUCGCGGUGCAGGCGCUGAAGGCGAUGCUGGUCCGUGGGGGCAGCGAGGACGUGGCCAAGGCUGUGGACAGCGCCGGUGCCUGGGAGCUGAUGGCGAGCCCGGAGAGGCACCACGAUGGGAUCACCGUGCUGGCUGGCGCCAUGGCCCGGCACGCCGGCCCCCGCCUGCCCCCGAUCGUCAAGAACCUCAUCCCGACGCUGAGCAGCGUCUUCGAGAGCCAGAGGAUCACCACCACGGCCUUCCUCGCUGAGCUCCUCAGCAGCAGCGUGGUGAACGACCUGAUGGUGCUGGAGCCGGUGCUGGACGGGCUGGCCGGGCGGCAGAAGGACCCCUGCACGCUGGUGCGGAUGCUGGUGCUGCGCGGGCUCGGCAACGUCGCCGCCGGCUCCCCGGACAAGGUGAGGAAGCACGGAGCCAAGCUGCUGGCCUCCAUGGUCAGUGGCAUGGAUGACAAGGAUGACCCCCACAACCUGGUUGCGCUGGAGGCCAUGUCCAGCCUCUCCAAGCUUCUGGAUCACGUGGAGGAGCGAGACAUCCAGUCCAUGCUGCUGCACAUCGCCAUCAGGAUCCGGCCCUUCUUCGACAGCGAGCAGCCCGAGCUCCGGCUCUCCUCCAUCGUCCUCUUCGGCCACCUGAGCCGCUUCAGCCGCGGCCACUGCGAGCUCUUCCUGGAGCAGAUCCUCAACGGCCUCGUGCCGCUGCUGCUGCACCUGCAGGACCCGCAGCCGGACGUGGUCAACGCCUGCAAGUUCGCCCUCCGCAUGUGCGGCCCCAGCAUGGGCUGCGAGGGGCUGCGGGCCAUGUUCCGCAACCACCUGCAGGAGGGCAGGAGCCUGCACUACGGGGAGUUCAUCAACAACGUCUGCAAGCACCUGAUGCAGAGCUACCCGGAGAUGCUGAACCGCCUGCUCCUCACCAACCUCUUCUACUUCAAGAGCACCUGGGCUGACAUCCGAGCGGCAGCGCCCAUGUUCAUCGGCUUCCUGGUGCUGCACGUGGAUGAGGAUCACUGCCAGCAAGUGGAUCUUGACCAGCUCAUUUCGGCUCUGAACCUGCUCCUGAAGGACCCCGUCCCCUCGGUCCGUGUGAAGGUGGCCGAGACCCUGGGCCGCCUGGUGCGGAUCCUGUGA